GGUGGAAAAAAUGAAAUGAAGUGAGAUGGUUCAAUUUUCUACUUUCUCCAUUCCUAAAAAUAAGCAUGCUUCGUUUGUUUUGAUUGUAAAUUUGAAUUACAUAAUUUCAAAAAAUUAUAAAUAUUAUUCGAAACAAAAUGCUUCGUUACGUCUGUUCUAGGUUUUUGAAUUCAUCUAAUGAAAUUUCUAGACUAUCCCAAACUCUAUCAAAAUUAGCAUCAUAUAAUGUAGCAAAUUUUAGAAAUUUUCACAGAGAAGGACUUUUUUAUGAUGAUGAACCAUUUGACGAAAGAAGAUCUGAAAAUGGUUUUAAUAGACGUAACCGUAGGCAACAGUAUUCUGAUUCAGAUACAAGAGAUUACAGAUUCAAAAAUGGCUACCAACAAAGUGAACAAAAUUUUCACAGAAAGGAAAAUUCCUUCUACCAGGGGAAUUUAACUAAAAGUUUCAACCGUCCAUUUGCAAAACUUGAAAAAGCAACCUUCAAUUCAGAUGAAUUUCAGGAUAUAUUAAAAUAUUUCUACAUUGAACAUCAUGAUGUUGCUGAGCGACCAAUUGAAGAAGUUGAAGCUUAUAGAGAAAAGUUGAACAUUUCUGUGAGAGGAUCAAAUGUCCCUAAACCAAUAACAACCUUUGAGGAAUUGUGUUUGCCUGAAACUUUGAAACAAGUAGUUAUUCAACAAGGUUAUUCUGAGCCCACUCCAAUUCAAGCACAGGGCUGGCCUAUUGCUUUAAGUGGAAGAGAUAUGGUGGGAAUUUCUCAAACUGGAUCUGGAAAGACUCUUGUGUUUAUUUUACCAGCAAUCAUUCAUGCCUUAAAUCAGCCGAUAAUGAAAAUGGGAAGACAUGAAUGUAAACCUCAGGUUUUAGUUUUAGCUCCUACUCGUGAAUUAGUGCAACAGAUUCUCCAGGUUAGUGAUAGAUUUAGCCAAUCCUGUCAGCUAAAAACUGCCUGUGCAUAUGGUGGUGCCUCCAAAAAUUAUCAACUUCGUCAAUUGAAAGGCGCUCGAAUUUGUGUUGCUACUCCAGGAAGAUUAAUAGACUUUGUUUCAGAAGGAUUAGUAAAUUUGAAUCAUGUUACCUAUUUGGUUAUGGAUGAAGCAGACAGAAUGCUUGAUAUGGGAUUUGAACCGCAAAUACGCCAAAUCGUUAAUCAAAUAAGACCUGAUAGGCAAACUCUGAUGUGGAGUGCAACAUGGCCACGGGAAAUUCAAAAUCUUGCUGAAGAGUUUCUGCAAGAUUAUGUUCAGGUUACAGUAGGUAGUGGUGAGCUUGCUGCAAAUCCAAAUAUUCAACAAAACUUCUAUGUAGUGAACGAAAUUGAAAAGGAAGAUAGGAUUGUCUCCUUGUUGAAUGAAUUGAUGUCUCAAGAGGCAAACAAGGUGCUGGUGUUUGCACAGACCAAAAGAAAAGUCGAUUAUUUAGGAAUGCUUUUAAAUCAGAAACUAAACCAUCCAGUUAUGUGCAUUCAUGGAGAUGUAUCACAAAAUAAACGUGAUUAUGUUUUACAUAAUUUCAGAACAAAAAAGUCUAGUAUAUUGAUAGCAACAGAUGUAGCAGCUCGUGGAUUAGAUAUCACUGAUAUCCAGCAUGUGGUAAACUAUGAUUUGCCAACAAACAUAGAAGACUACAUACACAGAAUUGGACGCACUGCUAGAGGAACAUGCUCUGGUGAAGCUCAUUCCUUUUUCUCUGAAGAAAAUGCUGGGCUAGCCAAAGAUCUCAUUUCUGUUCUAAAGGAAGCAAACCAACCAAUUAAUCCCGAGUUGUUUGCUGCUCUUGAAAUGAAACAAGAACAGAGAAAUAAAUAUAGAAGUAAUUCUCAAUCUCGCAGGUGGGGUGGCUUUCGAAGUCGACAACAUGUCUUUUAACAAUAGUAUUUAUUAUUCAUUUGUGUAAAAGGCUAUUAAUCUGUAUAUUUGUAGAUACCAUCAAUAAAUAUGCAUUUUUAUCAUUCUUAAA